GAGGACCACCAUAAACCCCUUCCUGUAAUGGCUCUAAAGACCAGUUCCAGAUUAAGUGAUGUUGAUGAGUAUGGAUUUGAACGACCCCCAGACUUUAACUACCAAAACUACGAAGAAUUCAUGUCAAGAUAUCUGUCCGUCUUGACACGUCGUGCGAGAAAAUGGUCCCACCUCCUGGGAGCGAAGGAAACUGUCGGGAGAGGAAUAAAAGUGAAGCGAUACGUCAGAAAAGGGAUUCCCAUGAAGCAUAGGGGGAAGAUGUGGAUGGAAGUCAGCGGCAGCAGAAGAAAGAUGGAGGCCCACCCAGGCUAUUACAAAAGUUUGCUCGAAGGAAGUUUAGACGAGGAGGUGGUAGAAUCCAUUAAGAUUGACGUCCCGCGCACCUUCCCCGACAAUAUUUAUUUCCGAGAUUACAACGAGGGGAAGCUCACGGAUUUAUACAAUGUGCUUGUUGCUUUUGCUCACCACAAUAAGAAGAUUGGAUACUGCCAAGGCCUUAACUACAUUGCUGGCCUUCUGCUGAUCAUUACCAAAGACGAGGAAAGCACGUUCUGGCUCCUCAAUGCUCUGGUCGAAGAUCUGUUGCCUCAGUACUAUACUCCCGAUAUGAUUGGUGUUCUCACAGACAUCAAAGUGUUGGAAUCUCUUGUCAAAGAGAGAGCCAAUCUCGUUUGGAGACACAUCAAACACUAUGAGCUGACUUGGGGCCUCCUCACCACGAAAUGGUUCAUCUGCCUUUUUGCUGAAGUCUUACCCAUUGAGACAGUGCUACGAAUCUGGGAUUGCCUGUUUUACGAAGGCAACAAGAUCUUGAUGCGUGUGGCCAUCACUCUUGUCCUGUCGAACGAGCAGAAGAUUCUCAUGAGCCAAGAUUUUGGGGACAUCAUAGAAUGCUUUAAGAAGAUCACUAAAGACGCUGAUGCCAUUGACUGUCAUACUUUUAUGGAAAAUGUUUUCAAGGUGUCUGGAUCCUUCCCUCGGGCACGCUUGGCCAAGUUACGGGAGGAGUGUAAGGAGGAGGUAAUGGCAGAAAUGAAGAAAUAAGUGUCCGAAAAUAAAUCACUGAAAAAAAAGCAGAAGGCUGACAUGACUGGAAACGGAGAUGAGCAGUGAUACGUCAGUCACUCUGGCUUGUAGAUGGACAAGAACUGGAAACCUCUUGUGGUUUGUAUUUUGUUCCAGCCUCCUGUAAGUGGUUUGUGAUGAUUGCAAAGCCUGUGGGAAAUGGGUACAUUUUGCCGUUGAUUUGUGGAUAACGUUUUUUCCAGUGAUUUAAUUUUAGAAGCUUUAUUCCAGACUGUGAUGUUUUGGUCAUUCCAGCAUAAAUUGCUACAUUUAAUUUACUUAACAUACUGAAGAUUUUUGUGAUAUGUAAUAGCUGUAUGUUAUAAAGCUUUAAUUACACUGCCACCUACCUAUAGUGUAUAAGAAAGCAGGUGAGAAGUAUAAGAGAUUUAUGGUCUUUACUUCUUACAUGUAGCAGGGCAGUUUAAGUUACAGUUACUGUAACACUUAUUGAAAAUAUAGUCAUUAUUAUCAGUGAAAGGAUAUUUAACUGUAGUUGUUGGGGUUAUAUUAACAUAAGUACUUUAACCUGUUGAUCGUUUCGGAUAUUUAUAUGUAGUGAGUUAUAUGCAGGUCAACCCAGGUCAUACGUGGCGAGUCUAGAAAUAGUACAGUUCUUGGUGGUCCUGGUCGUUUGCAUUUACCAUUGUCAUAACUUCUUUGGAAUUUUCCCGUGGAUGGAAACUUUUGAUGUAGAAAUGAAACCUUUUGUACAAAGCAUGGAUUUUGGUUGUGGAUUUUGAUUGAUGAUUAGGGGAAGAUGUGUAUAGUAAGGAGAUUAUAAAUGUUCUCGUUUUAGAAGAUGUGUAAGGGAUUUAAUUCUUUUUAAAUUACCCUGAAUUUUUGUAUCUGUUGACCAAUGAAUAAUCUCACAAGAUAAUGUAAUCGUUAAAUUUUUAUCCGCCAGAUUCCUGAUGUACAAGUUAGUUUCACAAAAUGACUUUCAGUCAGGUUAGAAAAAUUUCCUUACGCUUAAAAUUUUUAUUUUUGGUUCUGUUUGCUCAAAUAUGUUGUUUUAAAAAAUAGUUUCUUACACACAAACUUGCAUGCAUACGUGCACAUAAUGAUAUGCCCACAGAAGAAUAUUCUCAUGAGAAUGUAUGUCACAUUUCUUUUUGCCUGUUUUGUCUUGGUAUUUGUGAUUGUUGGUAAAUUAGUACAAGUUUCCUUUACAGACUUGCUCCAAAGUCUGCUGGAUUUGUUUGAUGAAAUUCUGUAUUGAUUGUUGAUUGCAUUGCAAAGCUCAUGGAGUUUUGCAGAGGGUUGAGAAUUUCUGAGAUAUUUUUUUUAAAUGUACACCUACUACUCUUUCUUUCUUCGUUCGUUCUUCUUCCCCUCUUCUUCUUCUUCUUCUUCUUCAUCUUGUCUCUCUCAUUUUUAAAAGCUACAUUGUUAUAUCAUUUAUCUAAAUCAUUUCCGAACUGAAGGUGAGAUUAGAAUGAGAUUUUAUAGGUCGUUCUUCUGUGAUUCUUCUGUGUUUUGAUGUGAUGGGAUUUAAGAGGCCUGAAGAGAGCAUGAGCUGUCGUCAUCUUUCCUGGUUACGUUGUGGCUGCGGAAACGUACUCCGGAAUGCACAUGACAGCCGACAGGAAGGCAAGCGAGAUAAUGCUUCUUUUAUCAUCGUUUUUGUGGCUGUUGUUAUCUAGAGCGUCAUUAUUCAUGAUUGUCCUUCUUUGUAUUUAUUUGAUUUUAUUCUUUUCAUGUGGUAAAAGAGGAGUGACAAUAGUAAUAUUACCAGGGAUUUAGGACUUUUUUUUAUUUAUGGAAGAGAGUUUGUCUUUGGCUAAUGCAACAUUGUUUUUCAAUUCUUAAUAUUUUAUGCUUUAUGGUGCCUGUUUUACAUUUUAGGUUUUGUAAAAGGAUGUCUCUUUAGUGAUAUUCCAUGCUAGAAAUUGCAUCGGCUUAAUUAUUAUUUAUUAUUGAUUCAUCAUGAAUUUCAGUUAGUAUAUUCAAUUAUUUAAUCAUUUUGGUUAACUUAUUUUAUUAUUAUGGUUUUCUCACAAUGAUUUAUUUAUCAUUUUUAAUCAACUUAUUCUAUUAUUCAGUCAUUUAACUUAUUAUCUUUGCUCAUCGUUUCUUUGGCUGAUAGUUAACAGGUCUUUUAAUAUUCAGGCAGUCGUUAGGAAAAAGAAAAGAAAAAAAAGGAUUCCUUUAACUUUAGAGAGUGAAUGGCAAAAGGAGAUUUUAUGGCUGUUAAUUACCAAAGGAAAUUUAAGAUUCCCGAUAAGACCUUUUACUUAAAUAACUUCAUGCUUAUCGUACUGAAAACUGUCACUUUUCCUGUCUUUUGUGUACUUAUACUAAAUGAAUAAUGGUAUUUAAUGUGCGUUUUGUGCUUCCAUUAGGAUCUUACAGGAAUGGGACAAGACUAGACAAUAGAUGCAAUGUUGCACAAUGAGAUAAUUUUGAUAGUAAAUAGUCCUUAUCUAUCUUUUGAUAAGUAUAGAACUUGUAUCACAGUGCUUUAUUCUUGAUUUUUUUUUCACAAAUUUGCAAAAGGAAGUUUAAAUGUAAAGAUAUUAACUUUUAAGUUAUUUAUAUUCUCAUCUGUUGAAUUACAGUUCAUAUAGACAGAAUACACAUAUUUUAGUUUCCUGUAGUUUAAAGAAUAAAACUUUAGUAAUCUUUUUUUCUUCUCAGUAUUUGACACUUAAAAAAAAAUAUGAAAGGGUAACUUCAUAGUUUGGUAUUGGACUGUUUCUAUUACCUAUAAAGUUUUAGCAUUAUUUGCACAUUUAAAUAUUAGUCAUGAAGCGCUUUUAACAAUUCAGUGGAGUAUUAUGCUUGAUUAAAUCUUGCUUACUCUAACAGGUUUCCUUACUAGAAGGUCUGAUACUUAACGUGCAUGACUUUUUAAUACAUCAGUACGAUUGAGUUACAUUCUUCCCAGCAUAGAGAUAUUCCGAGUUUAUUCCCUUGUAGGUGGCCUAAAAGUAGUUGUGCAACACCCUCAGGCAAUUGUAUUUUUUUGGAUAAUCACAAAAACAUAAUGAUGUGUUUGAAUUUAUUGCUGAUUUACAUUGUAUGGGUUUGAAUGAGUGUGUGGGUAGGCAACUGGAGGAGGGAGUUACCAUAUGAUAUUUUUGGGGUCACAUAUGAUAUUACAAGACCCAUAUCUGAGGAAUUAAUAGGUAGUAGAUAUUAUCCAUUUAUUCUACUGAAGCUCCUACAAGCACUUACCUUCCUUUAUAGGGUUUUACCUUGAUCAUGGCUGUAGAUUCAUGCUUAUUGAAGACCAUUUGUUUUUUGCAUCAUACUUUCUUGAAUUGAAAAAAUACUGCUGGGCUAGGACACUCAAUUAUGACUGCCUCUCGUUUUCAUCUAUAAAUGAUAUAAUUAUUAUUUUUAGUGCCCCCUUUUAUCUCUGAAAAUAUGUUCUAGUUCCUUAAUAUAUGUAUAUAAUUCUAUUCUCACACUCAGUAUGACAUGCAACUCCUCUCACUUGGCUAAUAUUGCAUUCCAAGAUUAUGUGCACUAAUCUUAACUCAUUUUACAUUCCAUAGAUCAUAUUUUUGAUUUGUUUGGAGUUUAUGUAUCUCCUUUUGGCUUGCCUUGCUGUCGUAAUAUAUCUUGACUCUAUUUUUGUUAAAUUUGCGGUCAUGAGAAAUCGCGGUUUUAAUAUAUUCAAGGGGGAAGCAUAAUAGAGUGCAGAGUGAUUUUUUUCAGAUGGUAGAGGAAGUGCAGAAAUGAGGAAAUUCAUGUUGCUGUUCCUGUAUAAAGUUUUAUAAGGUUCUACUCUGUAAUUUCCAGCAUAGUUUAUGAAGACUGUGACUAGUUUUGAUUGUGCUGAUGGUGCACAAUGCAUGCUUGUAGUUUUUCAUAUUGCCUGGAUAGUGAUGUAUACUAUGGACAGGAUUUGGCUUCGUUCUUUUACUUUUGAGAUCUGUAAAGUUCAAUAGUUAUUCUAUUGAUUUUCACACAUAGACACAUAAGCACACUUACAGACACAAGCACACCAACCCACCACACACACACACACACACACACACACACACACACACACACACACACACACACACACACACACACACACACACACACACACACACACACACACACACAC